AUGACUCUUGUUGCUACUACACUCCGUCAAGUUGACGGCCCUUCACCGGUGCCAGUCAACAAGUCUGCCCGCCGCAAGCCGAAGGCCAAGGCCUCAUCCAAGAAUGUUGCCAGCUCCACGUCCGCGGCCCCAGCUCCAAUGGGAGCACCUAAGGCUGCAGAGUCUGCGCCGAUGCUAUCACAGCCUGCCAAGGCGACCGAUUUCAAGGCAGACGCCACGAAACAGGCGGACUCCCCUCAGCAGAGCAAACCCUCGGCGCACGAUGAGGCUGUGCUUUCCCCACUGGAAUUCUCCAAGCUUAAGACAGGUCGGAAGGUCAGCGUCGUGGUGGGCGAUCCGGGGAACCAGUAUAUUGCCAUCGAAGCAGCCUACGUCAAGGUCCUUUCCCACUACUCCCAUUAUUUGAAGCAGGCUCUGGCGUCUGACCACUCCUCGCGACUUUUCAUCCCUUGUGGCGACAAGAACGUGCUUCUCUUCAUUUAUCGCUGGAUGCUGGCCGGAGAACAGAACAGCAACGCCAAGAACGCUCUCAAGUUCGAAGACCUACGACUUCCCGAUCUGAUUACGCUCUACUACCACUGCGUCUUCCUGGAGUAUCACUCCCUAAGGGAGAAAACGUGUGCUCGACUGGAGUGGAAGCUGAAGUCCGUCAUUCCAACUAUCGAACAGCUGUCGGUCAUCCUGGCUUACACUCCAGCCGUAGCCGAAAGCGCUGUCCAGGCCAUCGCUAGACUGUUCUUCCGACCCGUUUGCUACGAUUUCUCCGCUUACCUUGCGCUGGCGAGCAAGGACCCCGAGUUCGGCAAGGCUUUAGAUGUUGCCAUCGCUCAGCUCAAGUUCAGUCUGGUCCGCCAACACAACGGCCGUCCUCAACGCCGUGGCAGGCCAAAUCAGGUUCGGAUCGACGUCGUCUCGCUAAAGCGCCAGAGUGGUCCCCAGCAGAACAUCAAUAUCCACAAGAACGACAAGACGCAACAAGAACCUUCAGACUUUGUUACUGGGCCGGCCCCAAAAGCCGACGCGGUUGUGGACGCUACUGUAUCCCGACGCCGUCGAGCAAAGCGCACCAAACCCAAAGCGAAGGGCCUCGCACCAGCAGCUACGCAGAGUCAGGAGAAUGCAAUCGCUACUCCUCAAGUAGCCCUUCCGAAGAUUGGUCUCUCAACGCCUGAUCCUCGCAAAGCCCCCAAGAAUACCGAUGGCGAAGCUGGUGACGCACCUGACAAAGGAGCAGCCCUCAACAAGUCGACCCCCAAUCACUUCCGUCGUGGACGUGCGCCUAGUUCUCGAGCGCCUCUCAAGCCCGUCGGACAGAUUCCAGCAAACUACAACAACCCGAACAUCGCUGUUGUAGAGCACCGCCGCCCACGCCGCCGCGCUGUCGAGGUGUACCGCAACGGUGAAGGCAUUACUACGUCUUCUCGUGAGGCUAAGCCAGGAGAGAUGACGCGCACCGGUUUGGUUAUCUAAUGAUGAUGAAGCGGCGGGUAGGCGGCGGUCAGGCGACAUCCUCUGAGACUUCUGACUUUUCCCCUUCUUCAAACAUCAUCCCCAAUUCUGCUUUUGUCUUUGGCUCUGGCUUUUCCGGCGACAUGGUCGGCCUGCUUUGGCUCAGAACUUGGAAACUCCAUUGGAGUCUUUUGCGGUGGGAUUUGACGUUCUAGAAGCCUGGCUGGUUUCCCGAGAUGCGGUACAAAAGCGAUGAUGAGCUGGCUUGCCCAGUAACGAUCAACUCAGGGUAACAAUAUGAGCAUCAGAUAGUCUUACAAUUAAGUGCAUAUACAC